GCUGUGCAGGGACCCCAAUACGAGGCUCAAUCCUAGAACCCCAGGAUCAUGACCUGAGCUGAAGGCAGACGCUUAACCAACUGAGCAACCCAGGUGUCCUGGAGAUAUACUUCAAUUCAAAUCGUAGAUGGUAACUGAUGCCCAAAAUUGUAAUGCCCAACUUCAGGUUCAGGAAACCACAGUAAUCUACAUUUUCACUUCUGAUGUUGUCAGGAAUUCUGAGAGAUGUUACAUCCACAGCCUGAGACUAUGAUUUGUAUAAAUCUAGGUGGAGCCUUGGGAUUGCAGUGUAAACAAAAGCAAACCGUUUUGAUUCAUGGAGUUCUCAGGCCACUACUGAAAAAAACAGCCCUAGGCUCUCCGACGUUGUUUGUAGAAACCCCAGCUCAUUUCUCUUGGAAAGAAAGUUAUUACCGAUCCACUAUGUCACAGAGCACACAGACAAAUGAAUUCCUCAGUCCAGAGGUCUUCCAGCAUAUCUGGGAUUUUCUGGAACAGCCCAUAUGUUCUGUUCAGCCCAUUGACUUGAACUUUGUGGAUGAGCCAUCAGAAAAUGGUACAAGAAACAAGAUCGAGAUUAGCAUGGACUGCAUCCGCAUGCAGGACUCGGACCUCAGUGACCCCAUGUGGCCACAGUACACGAACCUGGGGCUCCUGAACAGCAUGGACCAGCAGAUCCAGAACGGCUCCUCGUCCACCAGCCCCUACAACACAGACCACGCGCAGAACAGCGUCACGGCACCGUCGCCCUACGCGCAGCCCAGCUCCACCUUCGAUGCCCUCUCUCCGUCCCCAGCCAUCCCCUCCAACACCGACUAUCCGGGUCCGCACAGCUUCGACGUGUCCUUCCAGCAGUCCAGCACCGCCAAGUCGGCCACCUGGACGUAUUCCACUGAACUGAAGAAACUGUACUGCCAAAUUGCAAAGACAUGUCCCAUCCAGAUCAAGGUGAUGACCCCACCUCCACAGGGCGCUGUCAUCCGUGCCAUGCCUGUCUACAAGAAAGCUGAGCAUGUCACCGAGGUGGUGAAACGGUGCCCCAACCACGAGCUGAGCCGGGAAUUCAAUGAGGGACAGAUUGCCCCUCCCAGUCAUUUGAUUCGAGUAGAAGGAAACAGCCAUGCGCAGUACGUAGAAGACCCCAUCACAGGAAGACAGAGUGUGUUGGUACCUUAUGAGCCACCCCAGGUUGGCACUGAAUUCACGACAGUCCUGUACAAUUUCAUGUGUAACAGCAGUUGUGUUGGAGGGAUGAACCGCCGUCCAAUUUUAAUCAUUGUUACUCUGGAAACCAGAGAUGGGCAAGUCCUGGGCCGACGCUGCUUUGAGGCCCGGAUCUGUGCUUGCCCAGGGAGAGACCGGAAGGCGGAUGAAGACAGCAUCAGGAAGCAGCAGGUGUCGGACAGCGCAAAGAACGGUGACGGUACGAAGCGCCCUUUUCGUCAGAACACACAUGGCAUCCAGAUGACAUCCAUUAAGAAACGGAGGUCCCCAGAUGAUGAGCUGUUAUAUUUACCAGUGAGGGGCCGCGAGACCUAUGAAAUGCUGCUCAAGAUCAAGGAGUCCCUGGAACUCAUGCAGUAUCUGCCUCAGCACACGAUCGAGACCUACAGGCAGCAGCAACAGCAGCAACACCAGCAUCUACUUCAGAAACAGACCUCGAUGCAGUCUCAGUCUACAUACGGUAACAGCUCCCCACCUCUGAACAAAAUGAACAGCAUGAACAAGCUGCCUUCCGUGAGCCAGCUUAUCAACCCUCAGCAGCGCAACGCCCUCACCCCUACAACCAUUCCUGACAGCAUGGGAGCCAACAUUCCUAUGAUGGGCACCCACAUGCCAAUGGCUGGAGACAUGAAUGGACUCAGCCCCACCCAGGCCCUCCCUCCCCCACUCUCCAUGCCAUCCACCUCCCACUGCACUCCCCCACCUCCGUACCCCACAGAUUGCAGCCUUGUCAGUUUCUUAGCGAGGUUGGGCUGUUCAUCAUGUCUGGACUAUUUCACGACCCAGGGGCUGACCACCAUCUAUCAGAUUGAGCAUUACUCCAUGGAUGAUUUGGCAAGUCUAAAAAUCCCUGAACAAUUCCGACAUGCCAUCUGGAAGGGCAUCCUGGACCACCGGCAACUCCACGACUUCUCCUCCCCUCCCCACCUCCUGCGGACCCCGAGUGGUGCCUCUACCGUCAGCGUGGGCUCCAGUGAGACCCGGGGCGAACGUGUUAUUGACGCUGUGCGCUUCACCCUGCGCCAGACCAUCUCCUUCCCACCCCGCGAUGAGUGGAAUGACUUCAACUUUGACAUGGAUGCUCGUCGCAACAAGCAACAGCGCAUCAAAGAAGAGGGGGAGUGAGCACUACCAUGUUAACUCCUCCCAUGCUCUCCCUGUCUGUCUUUCUGUCUGCCUUCUUACAAGGCACUAGUGCUUGACCUUCAAAGUGUCCUCCCUAGCUCCUCUCCUUCCUCUUCUCAGUCUGGCUUCUUAAGGGAAGAAGAAAUAAGAGGUUAUCUUUGAUCUAAUGUCCAACCUGGCACCUAAUUCUGAUUCUGGCUUUAAGCCUUCAAAUCUAUUGCUUGCAGAACUGAAGUUAUCAUGGCUAGGUGGAAGUGAGCAAAAGAGCAGUGGGUAUCUCCUUAAGCUGCAAAGAUUUCUCAUUGACUUUUAUAAAGCAUUUUCACCCUUAUAGUCUAAGACUAUUUAUAAAUAUAUAAAUAUACAGUAUAUAUAUUUUGGGUGGGGGGCAUGGAGUAUUGUUUAAAUGUAAUUUAAGGGAAAGGAAAUUGAGUUGCACUUAUCAGCUUAUUUUUUUAAUUUACUUAUUCAGAUGGCUUAUCUAUGCCCCUUCUUUCAAGGGGUAUCAUGUAUGGUAAUAGGUAUCUAGACAUUGAUGGCACAUAUGAAUGACAAAAAUGUCCUUUCAGUUCUUCCGAUGCGAAGCAAUUGCCACAUCAAAGCUUUGGAUGGAUCCAGUUGUUUUUACCAUUGCAUAAUGUGUGUAUGAGAAGGUGUUCUUACUUACAUGGUUCUCUGUGUUGGUGCACCUUAUGUCACUGACAUUGCUACUAGUGGUGGUUAUUCACUCUGGGGUUAUUUAGUUCAAUUAGAAGAAAAAGUCCAUGUUCUCACUAUCACACCCUAGAAGAAAGGAAAUAUCCUCUCUUGCUUUGGGUUGGGUGUGAAGAAUGUGGGUCAUGGCUAAAAUUCUUCAAAGUUCCCUGGCAGCUAGUUCAAAAACAUCAGGUAUCAUGUAUCUGGCUAUAUCAACAACCCCCUUUCAUUUAAUACCAGAUGCCUUAUCUUUUGGUAUGUAUUUGGAAAAUAUUUGUGGCUAAGUUUCAAUCCUGGACUAAGUCAAUGACACAUUUGCUUAUUAGAACUAAGGUUGAUUUGAUUGGGAUGAAUGCCGUCUCCCUAGUUCUUACACCGAAAUUGUAGUGUCUAUUCAGAAUAUCCAGGAAAAACAGGAAUCAUCCAGAAAUACCGAAUCUCCAUUAAACAGUGAGAGACAUCAGGGAGUCAUGAAUUGAAAUUCUUAAAAGAGCUUUUGAAACAUAGCUAAUAUUAUUUGGUGCAUGUUUCUUCUGAAAACCCUUCUAUUGUAUAAAAUUCUGCAUGUAGAGGCUCGUUUAUCAUUUUCUCUUCAAGGUUUAAAACAGGAGUAGUGAUCUGGAAAAUCUAACAUGAUGAGAUCAGUUUUCCUGUAGCAUCAGUUGGGUCACCCUAUCACUUUUCAUUCUUGACCAAUAGGAGUUUGACUUUGUUGGAAAAUAACUGUGAGAAUCCAAUUUCCCGUCCAUCUCUCUCCCGGACUGUCACAGACAUAAAAUGUCCCCACAGAUCAGGGGAUAAGCCAGUGGAGGUGUUGCUGGAACCACAUAAACAGAUGGUUGUCUUCAGACUUUGGGAAAAUGUGUAAAUGAUAAUAUUCCUGUAGAUCUUUCAGAAAGAUGCUUUUUUUUCCAAACCCUAAAACAAACAUUUUGUACAUAGGCUAAUGAGCUCUAAAAUCCUUCUGUGCAUUCUGAUAAAGGGCUGUGAUUGCACAUAAGCUUCCACUGCUGUUUUAAAGUGCAAAGGGGCUAAAGUAGCUCAAAAGGAUAAUGUGUGAGUUUCACCAGGAAAGUGUAUAUAUGUUUUGUGUGUGAAAUUACAUACUUUGUGUCUCAAUUUUUAUUAUCUUCUUGGGCUAGUAGGUUUUCCAGAACCACAGUUGAAACUUUAUUUUUUUUUAUUAUUAUUGUUUUUAUAUUUUCAUGGAAACAUCAUUUAGUAAAACUACAAUGUCAAACAAGGAAAACAAAAAUACUAUUACUGUAAGAUAGGGGGAAGGGAAUGUUGUUUUUUAUUAUUAUUUUUAUUUUGUAUGUUCAAGAAAGUGAGUCCUUGAUUUCAAAGUUUUAUUGUGCUUAAAUGAUAAAGGGCAAACUGUUAAUUUGUGCAGUAAGUAUGCAGCUUGGCUUUGAAAACCUACUGAGGGGAAGAGUAAAAGUGGUGCAUUGGCAAUGCUCAGAGGGCAGAUAGCUUCCCCAACUGUCCUGAGUGUCUGAACGAACCUAAGACCUCCUCUGAGCUAUUUCGGCACUGUUCAGGUAGCAUCAGGGACUCAGAAAUUCCUGUACUGUAUUGUACGUGUUUGGCACUAGCCAAGGCUAGGCACAACGGCUGGCCUCAUGUCCUGGUGGCAGCUAGGAUAAAGGGUGAAUGAGUAUUCAGGACCGACAAGUGGGAGUGGACUUAGUGGAGAUCUUGGCAGGGUGGGGGGUGUGCAGCUCCAUGCAGUCUGCUGAAGAGUGGAUGGGUUUUUGUUUGGAAGUGAUGAGAAGCAGAAAGGGAGACUAGAACUUUCUUCAUUAAAUCCAUUUGUCUUUUGUUUUCUUGAUAUCCUCCUAAAGUACAUUAUGUGGGAUGUUGAAUGUUAAAGGUUGAAUUUUUUUUUAUUAUUUUUAUAAUUGUACAAAAGUUAAAUGUCAAAUGUUUUAUAUGCUUUAUUAAUGUUUUGAAAGUUUCUUUCUUAUAGAUGCGAUACUUUUUUUUUUUUUUUUUAAAGCUUCUGUUGCUUGUCUUUGGUAUUUUGUGUAGUGGGCUUUUGGUGAGCCAGAGGCAAAUCCCCAAGUCACUUAUGUUUGCCAGGACAUGCAAUAAAAUUAAAAAAUAAAUAAAAAUGCUCUGAGAAAUGGUGUUGAUGGGAUGUGUGUGUGUGUGUGUGUGUGUGUGUGUGUGUGUCUUCUGUCUGUCCAUCCAUCCAUCUGUCCUAUUUUUAUCAUUGAGGAAGAAGAGGCACUGAAAGAAGCAUUAGAGUUUCAAAUAUUGAUGUUUCUCAUCUCAGACCAAAUAAUCAUUAUUUUCUUAUUUUAGCCAAUCUAUAAGGAAGGAAAGA